AUGGAUAUGGAUGAAAUUCCUGAGUUAGAGCAUUACCCUGGUGUCUUUGGAAGCAACCGUUCAACUGGUAGACCUGACAUUAAUAAUAUUGCCAAUCAUGUUGAGAAAGCCUCUGAAACUGAGUUAAAUGAGGACACGCGAAUUGCAUUUAGGAAGGCUUUACAAAACAAAAGUAACUCUUGGAAGUCUUGCCUGUCCCCGGAUUCCGUAGGCUCAUCUGAAGUGCGAAAAUCGAACUUGGAAGAUAAAGACAUACCAAACUGGAUCACAGAUGAUUUGUUGGCCAAAAUUCAAUCAAACCCUAGCGUUAGUGCGUGGUUGCAAAACCCUCGGAAAGUUUCCUUCCUCAAUGAACUUCAAAAAAACCCUAACAAACUGUUCAACCAGAAGAAUACCAAGGAAGAUGCAUGUGCUAUUCAGAAAAUAGCAGAAAUCUUAGGUGAACACUUUGAGGAUUUGGCUAUUCAGGGGGAAAAGGAGGUGAAGAUGAAGCCACCAGUCCAAUCGCAUAAACCUUUGAUCGAAGAAGUUUUGAGUCUUGAGGAGAAAGAACUUCAGACCGCCGUAGACAGGAUGCUGGCAAAUGAGGAAAUCAGGUGUGCUCUACAAGAUGAGCACGUCCGCGAGAUUAUUGAAACUCUUCGGUGCAAUCCGGAAAAGGGACAAAUGUUGGCAAGACAAGCCCCUUCAAGCGUGAAAGAGAAGCUCAACCUUCUUAUACAAAAUGGUAUUCUUGCUGUUGAGUAG